GACAACCCUAAUAUGACAUUGGUGAAUAAUAAAUUGUUGUUAAUCAUUCAUGUAAAAAAAAAACUAAAAAAAUUAAACGUUAAUAGGUGUCUAACAUAAAACUGGUUUUUUAGUAACUUUAAAUAUAAAAUGCUUUCGUUAUUACAGAAAAAAUGUUCUCGACCUUUAUUAGUUCUAUGUCGUCACCUGCAUACGGAAUACAUUGCAUUGAAGGAAAAUAAUGGCACUCGAGAAAUUAUUUUAAGCCAUGAAAAAACUAAAAACUCUCUGUCUUUGGAUAUGUUAAAAUAUCUCACUGAAGCCAUUAACAACAAUAAAGACGACACGUCUUUAAGAGCCAUAGUUUUAUCUGCUAAAGGCAAUGUAUUCUCCGCUGGACAUAAUUUGAAAGAGUUUCAAUCAAGCGGCGACAUAUCUCAUCACAAGUUGGUAUUUGAAAAAUGUACUGAAUUAAUGAAAUCUAUAGUGCAGAGUCCAGUCCCUGUUAUUGCUAAGGUGAAUGGUUUGGCAACAGCUGCUGGAUGUCAGCUAGUUGCCACAUGUGAUAUGAUAGUAUGCUCCGACGCAAGUAAAUUCUCUACACCUGGAGCUAAUUUUGGAAUCUUCUGCUCAACGCCAGGAAUAGCCGUGGCACGAUCAGUUCCGAAAUCGAGAGCUACAUACAUGUUAUUCACCGGUGAACCUAUCAAUGCUCAAGAAGCUUACGAAAAUGGGUUGGUGACUAAAGUAGUUCCAGUAGAACAACUUGAUCAAGAGGUGGAAAAGAUCAUUGAUAAGAUCAAAUUGAAAAGCCGUAGCGUGAUAGCAUUAGGAAAACAAUUUUUUUACAAACAAAUUGAAUUAGGAUUGCUUGAAGCAUAUCAAGUAGGGGAAGACGUAAUGGUUCAUAACAUACAAAGUAAUGACGGCCAAGAAGGAAUAAAAAGUUUUGUAGAAAAAAGAAAAGCUGAGUGGAGCCAUAAAACCAUGUAAUUUAUAAACCAAAUUUUUGAACAUAUUCUGCAAAAAUAUAUAAUGUAUAACUAAAGAUUAUUAUAUAAGGGUAAAUAAAAAAGUUCUCUAUU